GUGCAGGUUAACGUUUCGUAUCGUCGGAUACCUCUCGGAUGGUUACUUCACCGUCAACAACCCGCCGAAGUUCAAAAUAGCUUGUUUGAAAAAGCGAGUAGAAAUGGCGACGAGGAAACAGUUGGAAAAAUCUUAUAGUAAAAGUGUAAAUAACUCCACGUUUGACGCGUCCAGCAUAGACUCCACCACGGUCGGGGAAAAGCUUUUCCGCCCCACCGAGAACGAGGAGGACAACGGCGAUGACGGACCUGUGGUCUUCAUCUGCGCGAAAUGCAAGCUGCCUGUCGGCGAUUCAUUGUCCUGGGAUGGAAGUGAAGAUGAUCUAAACCAAAUCAGACUGAAGCGGGUCACUGACAAUGUCAUGAUUGGAAAGGAGAACCGACUGUAUGAAGCAAGUAAAAAGUCUCUCUGUUUGGUUGUGGAUCUCAUCUGUCGGGGUUGCCAUUCUGUGCUUGGCAUGGUGUACACAUCCACCCCUAAGAACCUGGACCACAAGAGGUUUACCUUCUGUUUCAGUGUCGCUGACAUCGACAGCUACGUGCUCGGCUCUGGAGGCCAGAUGUUGGCAGCAGAGGGCCCCAAAGAGCAGCCAGUAACACUGGAGUACAGAGGCAUUGUUGAACAACAGCUGACAGAGGUUGAUGACCUUCCUCUGUGUCUGUGAUGGAACUAUAUAACCGACCAGUCGGUGACUCGUCUGACGGAAUAACCCCAAUCCCCUCUGAGUGCUCAAACAAAGCCUCCUACUUCAUUAGAAACAUCUGCUUGUUUAUUUCCCCCUAAGUCUUUGUGUACAACCGUGGCUGCCAGGUAGUCUGGCUGCCACUCACUCUCUCCUCCUCUUCCUCCUCCUCCUCCUCUGCUGGUGUGAGCGCUGCUGAGGGAGGCUGUACUGGUCUGUGUGGCUGGACCUGGAUGUUCAGGUUGUCUGUGUGCAAACAUCCCUGGUGUGUGUAGCAGGUUAAUCGUCUGUUUUUCUCAGACACAAAGCCUCGUCCCUUUGCCAGUGACACCCUGGUGAGAGUGUGUGCGUGUGUCUAUCUGUAUAUGUGACGAGCAGGGGGCUGAAAAAGGGAUUAGUGUCAUCAGGACCUAAGCCUCAACAGACUGACAAAACUAAAUUCCUGCUGGACAGUAAGUGGUCAGUUUGGCCACACAUUAAAAGGAUGCCAGCCAUCUGACUAAUCAGAAUUCUUUUUUUUCCAAAGAGAAUUAUUAAUCAUGCACAAUUUUGAAUAUUGACAGCAAAGUCAUAAUUGUUCAACUUCUGUUCUAAAUCUGGCAGGAUAGGGUUUUAUUAAAUUCAAUUUCGGUAUCUGCUGUGUAACCAGACAACAAGAAGAAGUGUUACAAUGUCUUCAUAUUUAUAAAUGUAAUGAUAUGUAACAAGCUGCAAUGUUAGCAUUCCUCUAAAGUGAUAAAAAUAUCCACUUAUGCUCCAUUCAUAUGUUGGUGGGGUGUUUAUCACAAGCUUGUUAUUGCUACUUGAUCCUUUUAUACGCAGAUUGAUUUGAAUAAUAAUCCGUUUUUCCAAUAAUGCUUCCUGAGACUACAUAGAUUAAUGGCUCUAUAGUCAGAUUCUUACAAAAUGCAGUCUGAAGCUUCAACUCACCAAAUACUUUUAUUAAAACUCUGCUAUUCUUUGCAUAAAUUGUUCAACCUUGAAAAUGUGAGAGGUUAAACAUCAUUUUCCUCAAAGUUACAUAGGGACUCACAGUCUGGUCCUCCAAUAUUUGGAUGAUACUGGGUUUUUUGCCUCUGUUCACCACAAUAAUGGACAUGUUGCAAUAACACUUUAGGAAUUACAGCCAUUUUCGCAGACUGAACAGUAAUUUGAGAAACAACUCUGGUCAGUCUGAAAAUGAUGGACACCAAAUGCUGAGUUUCUUGCCAUGCAUUAUCUUCAGUUGCUGUUUGUUUUGGGUUUUCCUGCCCUGAGUUUUGUCUUCAGUAGAUAAAGAAAGGUCUAAUCGGGUCACAUCACUGGCUCAGCUCAGUCAGCUUAGAAACAGUUGAUAAUGUGUGGAAAAUACAAAAAACCAAAACAAGAAGCACUCUAAGAGGACGGGGUUUACUUUUAAGGGAAUAGUAUUGUAGUUUAAAUACAUUUAUUUUGUUUUCUGCCUUCUUGUUAAACAUUAAGUUUGCAGUGCAGUAAAAACAAGUGGAAAGUGCAAGAUUUUGUUAUUUGUCCUCUUAAAAUU